CCAACGCACCCUGAGCCCUUUGGAUUGUCUCACAAUCUUGUCGACAAAUGGGAAAUAUCCAAGUCCUCCAUUAUCCUCCGUGAGCGAAUAGGACAGGGCCAGUUCGGCGAGGUCUACCGAGCCAUCUGGAAUGGAACCACUCCGGUCGCCGUGAAAACCUUAAAAGCGACUUCGACUGGUUUCCUCUUUAUCUGCGGAUUUGAGCUCGUCUCGGCCUCACCACCAUUUGCGUGGGUAGAUUUCGCGGGUAGAUUUGUGUCCAUCCAGCAUCACCAAUCGAGCCCGGCAGACUUUGACACCCUGUCUUAUGUGAAACCAUACAGACGACUUGGGUCCCGUUGGAGCUGGUUCUUUGGACUGAGGAGACAUCAAAGAUGUGUUCACGCUUCUGGAGGAGAACGCCCUUUUGACAGGUUCGGCCGCCCUUUGCGGACUCGAGGCACCUCAGGUCGGACAGGACUAUUCAAGGCGACAUUUGAACAAGAAACGGCACAGAAUGGCACAAAUAGAAUUGUUCAAAUUCGACGCCAGAAGAAGAUGAUGCAUGUUGGCCCAAGCAGGCGAGAGAAAAGAAGACCGAUGUCACAAUGGAAUGCCAACAGAAUUCGGUGA